UUAUCUACCUUUAGACUUUUCAGCUUCCCAAGCACUUUCUCCUACUCCGAUUACGAUGUUUUACGGUCGGAGAAGCAGGACUUCACGGCAGACCAGACCUUCAGGGCGGCCAGGACGGUAGUCGGGGUCGCGUUAGUCUGCAUCAUGCUCAUCUGCGGUGUUGGUAACUUCAUCUUCAUCGCCACCCUCGCUCGCUGUAAGAAGCUCCGAAACCUAACGAACUUGCUCAUCGCCAACCUGGCCAUCUCGGAUUUCGUGGUUGCCAUCGUGUGCUGCCCCUUUGAGAUGGAUUACUACGUGGUGAAGCAGCUGUCGUGGGAGCACGGCCACAUUCUCUGUGCCUCAGUCAAUUACCUCCGGACCGUUUCUCUGUACGUGUCCACAAAUGCACUCCUGGCCAUUGCCAUAGAUCGGUAUCUGGCGAUCGUGCACCCACUGAAGCCUCGAAUGAAUUAUCAGACUGCCUGUGUGCUGAUCGGUGUGGUGUGGCUCGGCUCCCUGCUCAUGGCCAUCCCAUCCGCCUACUUCGCCGCCGAGACCAUCAUUCCUCACACCCAUGCUCAGGACAAGGUCUUCUGCGGCCAAAUCUGGCCCACCGACCAGCAAAUAUCCUACAAGUCGUACUUCCUGUUCAUCUUUCUCCUGCAGUUCGUGGGACCCUCGAUCACCAUGGGUCUCUGCUAUGCUCAGAUCUCCAAAGAGCUGUGGUUUAAGCGCGUGCCGGGCUACGAGACUGACCAGAUCAGGAGACGGCUGAGGAGCAGGAGGAAGACCGUGCUCAUGCUCCUGGGCAUUCUAACUGUUUUUAUAUUAUGUUGGGCGCCUUAUUAUGGAUUUACAAUUGUUCGAGAUUUCUAUCCGACCCUUGUUCUGAAAGAGAAACACUACAUAGCGGUGUUUUACAUGGUUGAGUGCAUUGCCAUGAGCAACAGUAUGAUUAAUACAGUGUUUUUUGUGACGGUUAAAAACAACACCGUGAAAUACUUUAAGAAGGUGGUGUUGCUGAGGUGGAAGUCUACUCAGGGCGGGAGCAGCAAAUCGACGCAGGAACUUGACGUGAGGACAACUGGUGGGCCACUAUCAGAAGUGGUUGACCAAGUUCAGCUGAAAAAAUGUUUUCAAAGAUAA